AUGGAGAGGCGCGGGUUGUGCAGCGUCGAUCCGCGACAUGCAGUAGCACGCUUGUUGCAGGCAACGAAGCGAGCAGGUGCAGAGGAGGACGAGAAGGGUGCAGAUUGCCGGGAUGGAGAAAAGCACGGCCGGUUGCCAGAUGUCGAGCCGACCUCUUUGGGUAAUAACGGAUCCAGAGAGCAGAGAGAGCCUGCGAGGCAGUUUGUCCAAGAUCCGAGAGGCGAGGCGGUUGCAAGCGUCCAACAGGCCGCGCUGCGCCGCACGUCUACGCUGCUAUUGAAAUGGAACUACUCAAUCCGUAUAGCCAGCCUGGACCUGGACCUGAACCUGGACCUGAACCUGAGCCAGAGCCUGAGCCUGAACCUGUACCCUGCAGCCCAGCAGCAGCUUCUCCACGGCCCGGAUGAUCGAUGCUUGCUCGCCCUGGAUCUGGAUUUGGGUUCCGGGAUGAGUUGCUCUGAUGCAGAGGCCAAAAAAAAUACUACCGCCAGGGCCCCCCUGGUCUGCCUAGUGGUAAAAGCACCGAUAGAAGUGAAAAAGAGUCUGGUGCUUAUACCAUACUGCGGUAAAGAGGUACAGUACAGCGACCACGAGGGAGGGCCGUCGACAGGCUGGCGGAGGGCGUCUGGUGGCGUGUCUAGCCAGUUCCAGCCGUGGCCAGUAAAGGCAAUCCAGGUCUGUCAGGUCUGCCGGGGAGCUGCAGCACAUCGUGAGAUGGAGCCGCGUCUGCAUCCGGACCGUCUGAUUCUUUUCGCGAGCGAUGUACUUGUGGUGUACUCGGACACGGACCAGGAUCAGGAUGUACCAGGACAGGACUUGGACACAGGAUUGCCUCGCCUCAAUCUCGAAUCUCCAUCGGCGCGGUUGGUCAACUCUCGGCGUCUUCCCUCCGCCAUCUCUCUCUCUCCCAGGACGGACAAACACCAACAACAAGAACAGCUCCAGCAGCCGCAGCCGCACAACGUAAUGCACCGCACUCGCGUCUCCAUCUCCAUCUUCGUCUCCAUCUUCGUCUCCGUCUCCAUCUCCAUAUCUCUCUUCCCACCGUCAUUCAGCGUAUGA